CCGUCGUAUGACGUUCCGACCUAGGGGUAAGGUGACCAAAUCACGCCGAUUCAGUCGACGAGGUCACGCCGACGAGGAGCGAACGUUGGUCACGUCUUCCAAGAGAAUGUUCUCCGCUUUCGUCUUUCUUGCCGUGGGCGUUCUGUGCAGCGCGGCUUCCAAUUCUACUGUGGUAGCGCCUCCAGCGCGCUGCGAAAGUCCAAAGCAAUGGGAAGGCACGGCUUGGUUUACGCAGGAAAGGACAGGGACGGUUAGAUCGAUCGACAUCUCGUAUGACGCGGUGAACAGACGCAUUCGAUCUGUAACUACGAUCGUCGUUGGCCCAUAUGCAGGGUUUUCGAUGGAGGCGAUCCUAUUGUUCGACGAAAAUCGGUUUUACUUUCUGCCGGGAGAAACCAAGCUUUGCGUUGAACUCAACAAGUUUUUUGAAUUCAAGCCCGUUGGUGUUCCACCAGAUGCCGAAUUCCAGUAUUCAGUUACUUACGGACUUGGCAAGAACUCUGUGCACAGCAACACUUGGGGAAAGUCGUACAAAGUUGACGUUGAAAACGACGGAAUGGAGUAUCCAUGGGUUCAUCAUCAUCACGAUCACCAUGGCCACACACAUACAUGGUAUUUUGCAUUCACAGACGACCUCUGUGCUCCUGUCCUGGAGACUAUCUACGAAGGAGAUCUGUUAGACAAGGAUGACGCUGAUGACCCUACAGAAAUUCUUGAUCAAAUCCGAUACACUGCCCUGAGCGCUGGGAUUAAUAACCCUGAUGUGUUUAAGCCACCUUCCUACUGCAACAGCGGCGGGAGCAAAAAUGCUACUCUGAUGGCUAUGUUGGGCGAUACCUUUGAGUGGCGCGGCUUUAUGUUUGUGUAGCCUCAAAGGCAACGAGGCAGUGGAGACAUGUUCAUGAAUACAUGUUCGUGAAUACUGAUGACGUUUAGAUAAGUGGUGUAGUUCUCUUGUGUUGGCAAUGGCUCUUAGAGUGUUAAAGACUUGCAGCAUCUGUGAUGUCUUUGUGUGUAGAUUGUUCUCUUGUUUGGUUAGUAACGUUGUUGAUUGCUUGAUUUUAUCACCGGA